AUGACAUGUUCAAAAAUAUUUUCAGGAGAUUUACCAGAAUUAACAAAUGAAAUUAUACAACAUUUUAGAAAAGAUUUUUCAACAUUACAUUCGUGUAUUUUAGUUAAUAGAUUUUGGUGUCGUUUAGCGAUUCCAUUAUUAUGGGAAAGUCCUUUUUCAAUUCCUACUCGAAAUUGUCAUUAUAUUGAAGUUUACUUACGCCAUUUAAAUGAUGAAGGUAAAGCAAAAUUUAAUGAAUAUGGAAUCAAUAAUGAUUUAUUAAGUUCAAAUACAUUAUUCAACUAUCCCAGUUUUAUCAAACAUUUAAAUAUAAGUAGCAUUUAUUUUUCUAUUAAAGAGUGGGUUGGUACUUUGGUGAUUAAGAAUAAUGAAAAACUAGAAAAAUUAGUUUAUAGAUCAUUAUUUGAAGUGUUCCUUGAAAAUGAAGGAAUUUUAAAUUCUUUUGAAAUUGUGAUGUUUAUGAAUAUUGUAAAUUUUAAUGAUACUAUGGAAUUAAUUUUACAAAAUCCAAAUUUUAUAUAUAAUAUUAGAAAUUUAAAAUUUCAUACCUAUAAUAUUUCAUUUCAAAACAUCGUUCCUUUUUUAAAAUUUUUAUGUUCUAAUUGCAAUUUAAUCACAUCACUUCAUUUUUAUUUUUAUUUUGCUUUAUCUAAUAUUAAUGAUUUUUCAUUAAUUGAAAAAUAUUUAUCACAGAUAAUUAUGUCACAACAUAAUCUCAAAAUAAUUUCAUUUGGAUCUAGUAAUGCUAUUUUAUAUCACCCAUUUUUAUCAUUAAAAAAUUCUAAUUGUUCAAAUACUUUAAAUACGAUUAUAUUUGAUAAUAUUGAUUUUAAAAAUAUAAUUACUAUUUUAAAAAAAGUAUUCGAUCAUCUGAAUGUUUUAGAUUCUAUUCAUAUCCUUUAUUGUGAUUCUUUGAAUUCCGAUUUUGUUCAACAAAUCAUUAAGGUUAUUAAACCUUUUAAAUUGAGAUCUUUAUUUAUGAAGGAAAUAUUAUACAUUGAAUCAUUACAUUUGUUAUUACAAAAAUGUGGAGAUUAUUUAGAAAAUUUUGAAUUUGGAUCUAUGCGUGAAGAAUAUGAAGAAUCAAGACAACAAUUUCUUAAAUUAAUUAUGAAAUAUUGUACAAAAAUUAGACGCUUUACUUCAACUAUGCCUGAUGAUAAUAAUAUUUAUCAAUUAAUUGAAAAUACUAAACAAACCAUUAAUUAUCUUACUAUUGAUAAUUAUUAUGACGAAUUAGGUUCAAUUGUAUUACAAAACUUGGGUCAAGUUCUUCCUUUUAAAUUAGAAUAUUUACGAUUAUCACUUUCAUUUAAUUCAAAUGAUUUUGAAAUAUUUUUAAAAAAUUCUCAAAAUACUUUUAUUAAGAAAUUAUUAAUUAGUAAUAUGAUGCAAAAUGAAAGUGUAAGUAUUUUAUUUUAUAUAAAAAAAUAUAUUAUGAGAAGGGAAAGGGUUAAAUAUUUGGCUUUUUCGGAAUUUUUUCCUGAUAUUGAUACGGAUGAAGAAUUGUUUUUUUUAGAACAUGAAGUAAAUGAAUUUAAAUUACAUAAUAUUAUAGUUCAAAAAUAUUCUGAUUUAUAUAUUUCUGUAUAUAAUAUUAUUUACAAUUUUAAUAAGUAACUUGUUACACAAUUUAAUAAACUUGUACUGAAUGUUGUAU